AUGAUCGUCGUCAAGGAGCAAGAUGGAUCUCUUACAGUGACGUCGUCUGCUUGGAAAAUGAACGAGUGGCGGAGAUAUUUAAGCAUAAGCAGAAGAAUUCUUAAUCAUUAUGAGACGCUCAAUUUGAGCGCUUCUGCAACGCCACAGCAGAUAAAGACAGCAUUUUACACGUUAAGCAAGGAGUAUCACCCAGAUAAGAAUGACAGCCCAGAUGCUAAGCGUGUGUAUCAGUCCAUUACUGAAGCUUAUUCGAUACUCGGUGAUGCGCCGUCGAGGCGUAAUUAUGAUAGGCAGAUGGAUAGCACACCUAUUACACCAUACGGAUAUCCUUCAAAUGCAGGUUUAGAUAAUAGGCGCAGGCAGAGAGCAAAUUACGCGUGGACACAGCAAGGAAAGCAUCAAGCACAACAGAGGAGUAAUUGGAAGAAAUACCAGCAGGAAUCGAGCUAUUUUAAUGACUCAGCUCGCUCUCACGCGUGGUGGACAGAUAUUUAUCAGCGUCGAAGUCGGCCGGGGAAGAGAGAAGAUGGAUCGGUUGAUAACAAAUUUCUUAAGGACUCAACAUUCUGGAGAUAUAUGCACACUUUCAGCUUAUUUGGGCUACUCUUUGGAUUCGCUGGACUUUUGCGGUAUGGCUCAGAGGCUUCACCAGCGCAGAAGAAAACUGGAAAUAGAGCAGACAACUCAGCGUUAAGCUUAGAAGAUAAAUAA